AUGGCAUCUGACAAUAAUUUUUGUGAUUUCCACAUGACAACACUGUAUGAUUCAUUGAUUAAUUAUGAAUUAUUCUUUGUAAAACAUCAGGCUGUGGCAAAUGUGGUUUUGUCCUGUCAAAAGACAAAUGGAACUAAUUUAUUUGAGGAGAGAGCUGACAUUUCACAUUUAUACUUUCAAAAGUUGGUAUUCUAUAUGAUUGUAAUGAAGAGUUGCUCACCCAUGUCCUUAUCAUUGAUUCAAAGUCAAUGGUCAUCUGUAGGAUUUUUUAUUCAGUCAUUUACAGAAAAGUCCAGUUGUUUAAACGAAACUCAACCUUCUAUAUUUGGAAAUGUACUAAUUGACAGCUCCCACAUUUCAAAUUCUGUUGAAUUAUGUUUCCAUCAUGGAGAUUGUGCAUUGUCUUUUAGUUUCUCUGAAAAAUUACUCGCCACAAAUAUCCUAUUCGAUUCCACAGGAAUGUUCUUCACUGAGAGAGUGAAACAACUACAUUUCUCCAAUUACCAAAGUAUUGGUAGGACCUCAAGAACAUACUUGACAGCAUUUGGUAGAAUUGUGAUGAAAAACUCCAUUUUCAGAGAUUAUGUCUAUAACUUUCCAUCACUCAUUAUUGAGAAUGGAAAUGUUGCUCAAUUGAGUGAAAUAGUUGCUUUAUCCAAUACUAUUUGGGCUUCUUUUAGAUAUAUUGAUAAUUUUUCUUUAAAGAAUGUCAAAGUGACUGGAAAUCAAAUUGUGAAUGUCAAAAUGACAUCUGAUAGUCCAAUAACAAUUACUAAUUGCAAUCAGAUUACAAUUGCUGACUCUUUCUUCAACAAGAACGUUGGAUACAUUGGAGGGAGUAUCCUAAUUAAUGAAUAUAUCAAUAUUGACCUGUUUAACAACACCUUUACAAAUUGUAAAUCUUUUAAAAAAGGAGGAGCCCUCAAUAUUGAAAACUAUCAACAAUCAUCACUCAUUACUCAAAGUACUAUCAAUAUCAUGAGCAAUACCUUUGAAAAUAAUUGGAGCUCAACUGUUGGAGGUGCCAUUUCAAUUUUAACAGCCAAUCAACUCUAUGUGAAAAAUAACAUUUUCAAAAGAAAUGCUGCAAACUCUGCAGGUGGAGCAUUUGCCAUCACGACACAUGUCAUUAAAGGAGAGUUGGAAUCGUACUUUGAAGAUAACAGUGUCACUGGCUCAUUUCAUUCCUUGAAUAAUUCACAAUACUCCUCUGAUUCGAAUCUUUAUUUGAUGGGAGCUGGUGGAGCUUGUUUGAUUCUAAAUAUGCCGCAGUUUAGUUUUGUCAUAUCUAGAUCUGUAUUUGUGGGAAAUGAGGCUGAGAAAGGAGGAGCUGUUGCAUGUGGAGCUGACUCGUUGAAAACAUCUAAACAGUUAGUUCAAGAAUGCAAAUUUAGUGAAAAUAGAGCUUCCAAAAUAGGAAAUGCUAUUUAUUUUAUUAGACCACAAAGUGUAAACGUAAUUGAUCAGGAAGUGAGUGGAGAUCAAGAGUUAUUCUCCUCAACUCCUACAGUUUUUGAAAUUUUAGAAAUGCAACCAAAUAUAGUAUUCCCUGGACAAUCAAUUUCCUUAACAGUAUAUUUGGAGAAUGUUUUUGGAAAUGUUGUGAAUGUCACUACUCAAAAUAUAAUGUUCAGUGCUCAGGAUGUUUUUGAAACUUUCCUUAGAUAUUCACCAAACAGUAAUUCCUCAUUAUUAUUUACUCCCUAUGCCAAAACAAGUAAUGUCAAAGAUUCUGUUCAGAAUUUAACACUUUACUCUGAAGAUGGUCGAUUGAGUAGAGUUUUAUCCUUCACACUAACUGAUUGUCCUUCGGGGUUUAUCAUGGAAAAGACAGUUUUCAACUCAUUGUUGGUAUACGAAUGUAAAAUUGACACUCGACUGAAUGUCAAGUUACUAAUUGGUCUCAUUGUUCCUCUUGGACUCAUUGUCUUGGUGAUUGGUAUCAUAAUCGGCUUGCUGACCUUCUUAAUUAUCAGAUUUGUCUUUGCACAAUUGAAAAUGUUAAGAGAAAAACAAAAAGCAGAAAAAAGUUUGGAAAUGCGAAUAAUUGACAAGAAGGUCAUUUUCAAUUCUUUUGAAAAUACAUCACAUAAUGAUUUAUCAAUUCCAUUAAUUGAUGAUUCAGCUGAAAAGGAAAAGAAACCAUCUUUUAUUAUUCCAAUAGAAAGUAUUGAAAUUAUUCGAAAGCUGGCUGAAGGUGGUUUGGGAAUUAUUUAUCUUGGUAAAUUGUGGAAGAAAAUUAACAUUGCCAUCAAAUUAUUGAAAUCAGACGAGCAAGAUGAUGAAUUUGAACAGGAAGUUUCACUUCUGAGCUCUUUAAGACAUGACAAUAUUGUGACAUUUUAUGGAAUUUGUGUCACUGAUCAAGGAAAGUACAUGAUAACAGAGUUUGUGGAGAAGGGAUCGCUCGAUAGGACUCUAUACAAGGCAAGAAUAGGUGAAAUUGAUUUGUCUCUCCAUCAAAAGAUUUCCAUUCUCAUAGCUACAGCCAAGGGAAUCGAAUAUCUUCAUUCAUUAACCCCAGUAGUUGUGCAUCGUGAUUUGAAACCUGGAAAUAUCCUACUAGACGAUAAGAAUAUUGCCAAGAUUUGUGAUUUUGGCUUGUCAAGAGUUGUGUCAACCACAACAAUGCAAAGUGUCAUGACUACCAAUUUGGGAACUUUAUUCUAUUGUCCAAGUGAGGUGAUUGAGGGACCAACUGAAACAAAUUUGGCCUCUAAACAAACAGCUACAAAGAUAGAUGUCUAUAGUUUUGCAAUUAUCAUGUGGGAAGUUUUUUUCGAGCUGGUUCCUUACUCUACAAAUGUCGAAAAAUUGAUUCCACAAUUUGAAAUUUCCAAGCAAGAGGAAGAAGCUCUCAAAAUUAAUGGUUUCAACAUUCCAUAUUAUGUAGUGAAGGGUGUGAGACCAUUUAUUCCUUUCAAAACUGAUGAGCAAAUACGAAAGUGGCUGGAACUCUACAUGCCAAACGAAUUGAAAAAUUCAGAAAUUAUUCUAAUUGUUAAGACUUAUUUCACAAUAAUGAAACAAGCAUGGUCUCACAAUGCCACAAAAAGACCUACCAUCGAUUCAGUUCGAUCAGAAUUGGAACAAUUGGAAGAAUUGUUAAGAAUCUAA